CGGAAACGGCACUCGAUAGAAGUAUGUUCAGUGAGUGUAAAACUUUAUCAGAGCAACAAUGAUUUUGCCACUCAAUCAACCCACCAGAAAAGCGACUGCUGAUCACGCCUGGACAGAGAUUCCAGCAACCACUUCAUCUUAUCACAUCACGAUGUGAUAGUGUCUGGAGAUAAAAUGUUCUGUGAAGCGGUAUAAAAAGAGAUUCGCGAUGUGAGAUCCACAUUUGGAACCGUGAAAAGUGUCUGAAAUGAUCUUGAAAGUGAUUUUAGUGUGUGCAGGAGUUCUUCAUCUUGUCGCCAGUCAAUGCUCGGUGAACAUAAGGAAUGAUAUUCCUGUGAGGGAUCCUGUGUACUUGAAUCAGCAAGGACAGCUGUGGUCUCCCAACGGAGCAGCUCUCACUUGGAAUUCCGGACAACCAUCUUUCGUCUCGUGCACAGGAAGUGGAAACACCCUCACGUUCAACGGUCAAAGGACGAGCUCAAAGACAUGCAUUUCUGGGACGAAUUUCAACGUUGGCGGUUCAACGGCCAGUUCCAGUCAAUUGGCUUGCGCCAACACGAUCACAGGAGACAUCACGAACACUGGAUCGAAUUGUGGCAAUGAUGGCACAAUCCUAAACAUUGGCUUCAACACUUUCGACACACCAGGAUUUGUUACUUACAUCCAAUCAUGCUACUCACUCUCCACCGGCUCCGUUCGCUACACUCGACACGUGCUUCCCGGCAGAGCGAUCAAUUUUGCCGUGAUUGAGUCCAGCAGACCGAGUUUCAAGACUGCCGGAACGGCUCCACACGUGAGUCCGGCCACUUCUUACACGCAAGCUUCGCAGAAGACGCGCCUCACGCAACUUCUGGGCUCUCAAGCGCAGGCAGAGAUCUUCCUAUCCAGCUCUUCCUACAUGUCCCGCGGCCACUUGGCUCCUGACGGCGAUGGUAUCUUCAGAAGCUGGCAAUUCACGACUUACUUCUACACGAACGUUGCGCCACAAUGGCAGCAGACGAACGGAGGCAAUUGGCUGAGGGUGGAGAACGCAGCUCGUACCAAAGCGCAUAAUAUGCAGCAAGACCUCCUGAUUUUCACGGGAACAUUCGAUAUACUCACCCUGCCGCACGUCAAUGGCCAGCAGAUCCCGCUGACCCUCGAGUCGGGUGGCAUCGAAGUGCCGAAGUGGUUCUGGAAGAUCAUCAAGUCAACGACCAACAACGCUGCAAUUGCUCUGAUCACGCUCAACAAUCCCUUCGCCACGAGCAUCUCGGCCAACGAGCUCCUCUGCACGGACAUAUGCUCGUCCUCCGGAUGGGCGGACAGCUACUUCAGCAACUUCGCCCGCGGCUACACGUACUGCUGCAACGUCAUGGCGCUCAUGAGUCGCAUCCCGUGGAUCCCCAGCGAGGCUUCUGCCAACAACAUCCUCAACUGGUGAGUCCAAAAUCCCUUCGGUCGCUCGCACGGACAAACACUGUUGCA